ACACUCUGGAGGACAAAAAUCCUCAGGCUAAGCCAGAGCUACUUAGAUAGUUUUACCUUCACUGAGGCGUCGCUGAACGUGGUCUGAUUUUGACUUUGCCUGUGAAUUUAUUCAUCUUCUUUGUUUUUGUUUAACUUUUUCAUAACCGACUGAUGGAAAGGGCAUCCUGCUAGGGAGCACCUAGCAACAUGUCCUUCAUUAGAAGAUUGCGUGCUACAGUUAAAUAGUAACCACAUCAUUAGACUCUUUCAGAGGGGAGACGCAUCCAGCCUCCUCCAAAGAUGGCCUUCUUCCAACAGCUGCGACUUCUUCUAUGGAAGAAUUGGCUGACAGUGAUCAGACAGCCAGUUUGGUCACUCAUUCUCAUUGUCUGGCCUCUGAUCAUCUUCAUCAUUAUUGCCGUGACCCGCAGUCACUUUCCUCCACUAGCAAAAGACACAUGUUAUGUGGGACCUCGAAACCUGCCCAGCACAGGCUUCUUCCCAUUCCUGCAGACCCUCAUGUGCAACACAGACAGCAACUGUCACAACAAAUCACGCCUGUUGGACACAAAGUCUCACAAAACGGCAGGCGUGCCAAGGCAGCAGUCAUUUCCAAAGGGGUCUCCACUGGAAAGCCUGUUUCAAGGGGGGAAUUUUUCACAGAUUGAUUUACCCAAAAACUUUCUCCAUGAUCCUACCAUCCUGGUUGAGGUCUUAAACAAGAUUAUUGGUGCACCUCACCAUGCAAGUCCUACCAAUGGCUCAAUCUCCAAUAUUACUCUGAGUGAUCAGCGGAACUUGAGCAGCCUGCUGCAGUCAGUGAACAAACUGAAGAGGGCCUUCUGCACCAUGACACUGCCACUGAUGGACACCGCCUCACAUGAUCCCUUCACCUUUUCCAUGGUCACUUUCUGCAAGACCAACGAGACCGCGCUGGAAGUCUCACUCCUCACACUCAACCAGAUUUUGACGGAGCUGAUGACGACAAACCCAGACGAGAUGGUGACGACGGCCGGGAUGUCGCUGCUGAUGAUCGCUCACCUGCAAAAUGAGACGGUGCUGUGGGAAAGUCUCCUUGCUAUUCCACAGCUCUUCUCUAGUGGUUCUGUGGACCAGGUGCUAGCCACUGUGGAGGGCCUACUCAUCAGCAUGCAGGGUGCUAUGAAUAAGAUCGAGAGCAACUUCCCUGAAACUGGUGCCUCACUUUCCACCGUGCAUUCACUAAUUGCUGGAGGCAUCAACCUAGUUGACUAUAUUCAAAACUGGCCUGGCAAAGAUGUGUCCAUUUUACUGAGAGAUGUCGUCACCGUUGAGAAUGGAUCCCUUGGUGGAAUUAUGAUGCAGGUUCUCACAGAUGUCCAGAUACCAUUGGACAAGGCUAUCGGACUGACAAUGGACAAGAGCAUGGUGCAUUCCUACUUGUGUGACAACAGCAGUAAUCCAUUUUGGCUGAGUGCAGCGUGUAGCACUGGCACCGUGGACAUGCUUCUGGGUUGGAUCAGCCCCGAAAAGGUGGCAAAGCAGAUUCUCCUGGCAUGGAGUAGAGACGUCGCCCUACAGGAUUUGUCUUUUGCCAAAAGUCUAAUUGGAGGUUUAUCUCCAGGAGAUUCCAACAGCACGAGGAGCCGCCGUAGCGUAGAUACUCUGCCACAAAAUAUAGACGAGGAGCUGUUUUUGGAGGUCGGUAAAGUGGUGUUGGCGAUUGUAAAACUUGUCCCCGAGGUGGACAUGGUUGUUCAGAGCGUCCUCCAAACUGGAUUCCAGUCCCUGAUGACAGGAACACUGGCCCUAGACACGGUGGAAGAAUUGAUGGAUAAUGUUCUGAAAGAUGCCACGAACCUCCAGUGGGUCUAUCUCUCACUGAUGACAAACCAGUCUCUGGCAAGCGGUUGGAUCGAUCAUGUCCUGUACAGCGUGUUGGAAGGUGUUAAGCAGACAUUGGGAUCUGAUCAUCUGACAUGUAACAACGUCCUGGAACCCUUCGAGUGGCUCUUAAACACCGAGAGCGUAGACAUCGAGGUGUGGAGAUCAGUGAUCUGCCAAAACAGCUCUACUUUAGAACAAGCUCUACUGAUGGAGUGGAUGCCAUUGUUUCAGAAGGCACAAGAGGUGUACGACGCAAUCACAAGCCGUAUAAAUGCCACCGCAACCCUUCCCAUGAUUCUCUCCGAGUGGCACAAGAUGCAAGAGAGCACUAUGCAACUUGAUUCGCUUUUGAGCAGACUGGUCACUGAGCUGGGUGGAGGAUAUUCGAUGAACUGGAUGAACUUCGAAGUCAACAACACUCAAGAUCUUGUUGGGACUCUUCAACAAAGUGUACUCUCAUUCAUGGUGGAUGUAGGAGAACACAUUGAGACAACAGAACUCUGGCCAAGUGUAAAGAACUACUUCCACACUCUUUACUGGAUUUUGAACUAUAGACCUGGUGUCACAUCUCAACCUGUAAACUGUUCGGCCGACUUCUUCACCUCAGCCUUAACCUGUGACACUGGUUUCAACUGGCCACAGUUUGUUCAGACAGUAACUCAGGCUUUGAUGUCACAGAAUCAAGAAUUGGUGGUAAAUGUUCUCAAAGGAACCUUGAAUUUUCUGCAGCAAGUGUAUGGUGUCAUCUAUAAAACGCAGGCAGUAACAUUUUUGAAUGAAGAACUCUCUCAAGGUGGAGACGCAGUCUCUGGAUACCUGAUCAGUUUGCUGAUUAACCUGGAUACUUUUCUUCGGCAAGUCUCCAUCCUUCCUGACAGCAGCCUCUCUAACCUUGAUGUCAUGACUCCAGCCAUUAGUAACCUGUUCGAGUCAGCAGGUCUGGAACGAAUGUUGCCUCUGCUCUUUAGUGACAGCCCCGUUAAUAUCUCCACUCUGCUUGAUAUUGCCUCAAAAAUUGGAAGGGAAAACCAGCACUAUGUCAACUUCAAUGAGUCCGACCCAACACUGCCUGAGCUUGAGCGGCUGAUAAUGCACUUCCUGUCAAUGGAGGGUAACCUCACCAUAGCGCUCCCUCACAUCAUGGGGCACAGUCUGCUCACUUACUCAGACUACUUCCACCCAGACCUUGUUGCCAAAGUCAGAGAAUGCAUCCAGCCUUUCACCAACAUAACUUCAACCGGUGCUGUAGAGGCCAUCCUUAGUGCCGUGGAGUUAUUGAAGACAGUGACUGAUGCCAGCGAUGGUGACCCAGCUGUCAUUAUUCUUGGGUACAUACGCCAGUUUCAAGAAUUGGUGAUGUCUAUGUUCAGACUAAGGAGAAUCAAACAAGUUGCUUUACCAAGUGGGCAGCUCACCGCGGGACAAGUCACUGAUCUACACCUGCUUUCUCAGGACUUUCUCAAACUCCUCACCCCAGAGGUUCUUCAGAACCUGACUCAAGCUGGACCAGAUGCUGCCCAGACCAUUGUUAUCCAGAAAUUUGUAUCAUUUCUUCCAUCAGAGGUCCAACAUGAAGCUGCUCGCUUUCUCAGUGACUUCAAAUCUCUGCAGUAUGAAAUGUCCAAAUGUGCAACAGGCCAGGACUGUUUGACUGGAAUCUCAGAAAUCUUACAUUUCCUCGACCAAAUAUUUGAAAUGAUGCUCUCAGCCAACGGUACUGUCACAGUGACAAUAGAUGCAACCAACCGCUUUGUUGAGGGACGGGAAUAUGAAGAACUUGAAAGAGUUUGGUUUUCACUUCUCCUUGCUCCAAAGGAUUCUGCGGCUGUACAAACAUCCAGACAGAUUCUUCAUUUAGUCAAAUUGCUCAUGGCCAAACCAAAUAUUUCUGUGUCUGAUGUGCAGAAUGCUCUGAGACAGUCAAACCUAACCCUCGAGGAGUUAAAUGACUUUGCUGCCCUAGCUGGAGCUGCUAACAUUAACAACCUGAUGGUUAAUCUGAUUGAGAUUAUCAAUACUCGCAUAUGUUUCGAACCGCAGCAUGACCUAAAUGUCACAGCCCAGUGUGCUUUGAGUCUGAUACAUGGUGUCAGCACAUUCCUGACACAGGUACCUGAGCUCCGCAAUCAAACAGCAUUUCUCUCUCUUAUCCCAUUAAUUGUCAACGCAACUUUGGAAGAUGUCAUGAAAAUUGACUUCAGCUCUCAGCCAUACAUGGUUUUUGUGGAUACCUUGAACACCACUCUGGCUAAUAUCAAGUUGAGCCUCCAGCUGAACCACCUGAACACUCCCGAGAUCAUGAAUGAACUCAAAGUGGUGGAGCAUCUGAUGCAGCUGAUCACAAAUAUGGAACCAUUUAACAACACUGACAGUGCCUUGAUGCAGGACCCAAUGUAUGCUCAGCAUGUGAGCUUGCAGAUUAUGCAGUGGUACUUGAAUAAGUUGGAAAACAUCACCAGCAACAGCUCCAUCUCUGAGCUCCUCCAACCAUUUUUCUACAUGACACAAAUGCAAGUCGCAUUACAACUGGCACAGACAAAUUUCUCAAUGUUUGUCAGUAACCAAGUUGAGGUCCUGAUUAAUAGCCUGCAGCACCCAAUAGAUGGUGCAGGAGUGAGUAAGAUUGGUCUGACAGUUGUUCAGAUUCUUCACCACUUGUUCGACUUCAUAAACUUACAGCUACAGAUUCAGGGCGACAACUUUGGUUCACACUACAUGUUCAAUACAACUAUUCUGAAUGCUGCUGAGACCCAAAUUAAGCAAUACCUCACCCUCACAGAGAAUUGGAUGAAACAACCAAAUGUCCAGUUGGUCCUGACAAACAUGCUCCAGUGGGGAAACCCCUCCAUAAACACAUCUGCUCCUUUGACAGACAUUCAACACCUGUUGCAUACAAUGGUUCAUUUUCUCAGUGAUGAUGAACAGGUUUACCUCUCAGUAAUUAGAAAUAUUACCCACUCCUUGAAGCAAGCCCUAAUGGUGGCAGAACAACCAGGUGGCCUACAGAGCGAUCACUUCCUUGGUGUCAUCUUCGCAGCAGUUCAGCCUCUUAAAAUGCUGAUACCCCUGCCAGCCCCUUUGAAACAGAACAUGAUGGACAUUGUGGAGGGUUCAUUACAGUUCCUAAUCCAGCCAAACAUGAGCUAUGCCUCAUCACGUGCCACCGUCCUCCUGAUCCUCAACAGAACUGAGAGCAUAGUCCAACAGACAGUACCAGAAAUGUUUGCUGUAUACCUGCUGCCUGGACUCAAAAUAGUGACCACAUACUUCGAGAGCAUCUCCAUGAUCAGUGGACCAGACAGCUGGAAUCAAAUGAUUUUGAAUCAGAUGGAGACAAUCCAGAGCUCUCUGCCUCCAAACUGCACAGCAAAGGCCUACAUCUCUGCAGUCAUUGACAUCACUCAGUCCAUCUUGAUGUUUGGCCAAGGUAAUAUGAGCUAUGACUCAUCACGUGACAUCGUCCUCCUGAUCCUCAACACAACUGAGAGCAUAGUCCAACAGACAGUACCAGAAAUGUUUGCUGUAUACCUGCUGCCUGGACUCAAAAUAGUGACCACAUACUUCGAGAGCAUCUCCACGAUCAGUGGACCAGACAGCUGGAAUCAAAUGAUUUUGAAUCAGAUGGAGACAAUCCAGAGCUUUCUACCUCCAAACUGCACAGCAAAGGCCUACAUAUCUGCAGUUAUUAACAUCACUCAGUCCAUCUUGAUGUUUGGCCAAGGUAAUAUGAGCUAUGACUCCUCACGUGACAACGUCCUCCUGAUCCUCAACACAACUGAGAGCAUAGUCCAACAGACAGUACCAGAAAUGUUUGCUGUAUACCUGCUGCCUGGACUCAAAAUAGUGACCACAUACUUCGAGAGCAUCUCCAUGAUCAGUGGACCAGACAGCUGGAAUCAAAUGAUUUUGAAUCAGAUGGAGACAAUCCAGAGCUUUCUGCCUCCAAACUGCACAGCAAAGUCCUACAUAUCUGCAGUUAUUAACAUCACUCAGUCCAUCUUGAUGUUUGGCCAAGGAGCUAUGCCUCAUCACGUGACAUCGUCCUCCUGA